AUGAUCAUGAACUGCCGCUUCCCUGAGCAGAAAAUUGCUGUUGGAAAGCUUGAAUACAAAAGAAUUAUUGAAGAGAGAUUGGUAAUGUGGGGCAUACAGCAUUGCAUGCCAAGUUUGCUGCCUCAAGAAAAAUCGCAACUGACAGAAGCGGACUGUCUCCCGAUGAGUCUAGGACUGCACUAUGUAUUGCAACAUUAUGACUGUGAUGUCAAAACAGAUAUGGUCAAUGAGCAAAUUGUUGCGACAGCUUGUGCAUUGUUUCAGUGUGAUUCUGUUGAGAAGAAAUAUUCUGGAGCCUUGCGCUGUGCAGGUGACCUCAUUAAGGAUGUUUCUGGCAUCAACUGCAAGGGUUGGACGUUACUGAAAAUUGCAACAGCUCUGAAGAUGAUAUGGUGGCCUGAAUUUGGCGACUCCUGUGAGGUUUCAGAAGAUGAUGUGUCAAGGUUGGUGGCUCAUGCAUAUAUAUAUGACGUUCAUAUGAAUAAAGAUUCUUGCUUGAGAGUCUACAAAGAUAUGGUCGAAGCUCAUGAAGUUAUUAAGACCUCAAAAAAAGAACUACUGGAAUCAUUGGUUGAGCUGGCCAAUGAAACAUAUGAGGCGGAAGGGCCUGAGAAGAAUGUAUAA